AAUAGUUUCGCACAAUUAUAUGAUGCACUAAAAGAUCCUCAAAUUACUGGUACCGAGUUUAAACAAAAAGCUAUUAAUUGGCUAAAUUUAUUUUUAACUAAAUCUACAGGAAGUUUUAACUCUCCUACUUUUAUUAAAGGCUUAUACCGUCCAAAUGACAUAACGCCUUACAUUCAUAUAAUGGUUUAUCAUGUGGGAGAAUUUAAAGACUUGCAUCAAAAAUUUGGAAUGACUGGAUUUUCUUGUUCUGCCAUAAAAAAGAAAAACCAUCAGCAA